AUGGACGCUGAGAGCGGAAACAGCCGAGAUGUGGACAGAGACAUGGAGAGUCGCGGAGAGACCCAAAGAGACAAAGACCGAGCGGGUAGCAACCCGUCACUCUACAGAGCAAGGAGGCAGCAGCACGGCCUGGAGGAGGCGUCCCCCCAGGAGCAGAGUCGGCGCUGGUCUCCCCUGGGACGGACGCUGGGGACCCUGGUGUUCUUCGGCCUGCUGGUGGCCUUCUCCGUCCUGAUGGUCUACAACCUGCUCGGCUGCAGCCCGCGCCCCUGCCAGAGUCCGGCAUGCACAGCCCUCCUUGCCCGCUACAGCGCGGCUAGCAAUGCCAGCGUCUCGCCCUGUGCAGAUUUCUACAGCUUCGCCUGCGGGGGCUGGGGGGCAGGGGACCCCCCAGGGGUCGGGUACAGCACCUUCCGCACCCUGGAAGAGGAGAACCACAACCGGCUCCAGAAGCUGCUGGAGGCCGCGCCCGCCCCCAGCCCAGGAUCCGCGGCGGAGAAGGCCUUGGGCUACUACCGCUCCUGCAUGGACACGGUGAGCAUCGAGACACAGGGCAUCGGCCCGCUCUCGCAGGUCAUCCAGCAGCUGGGAGGCUGGCGCAUCGCGGGCCCCUGGCGGCCCCCCAACUUAAACCAGACCCUGAAGCUCCUGAUGAGCGAGUAUGGCUCCUUUCCGUUCUUCCGAGCCUACCUGGGGCCCAGCCCGGAGCCCCCACAUGAGCUCGUCAUCCAGAUCGACCAGCCAGAGCUCAUGAUUCCCUCCCAGGACAGCCAGGGCAACUACCCCCAGAUGCUGAGGGCCUACCUGGCCUACCUGACGCGUCUGGGGACUCUGCUGGGAGGGACUCCCGACGUGGCGGGCAAUCAUGCCUCCAUGUCUCUGUCCAUCUCGUCAAUGCUGCAGAAGGAGCUGAGGUCCCUGGAGGAGCGGCGGGCGGGGGGCCGGCUCUUCCAGCCCACCACGGUGGCCCAGCUGCAGAAAGAGGUCCCCAUCUUCGACUGGUUGUCCUGUCUGCGGGCCACCUUCUCUCCAAUGCCUCUGGAGCCCUCACAGACCUUGGUGGUGCACGACCUGGACUACCUGAAGGGCGCGGCCCAGGUCAUCCAACAGCUGCAGGAGCAGGCGAGAGGCAGCGACGCCCUGCAGAGUCACAUGUUGCUGGGGCUGGUGGGGACCGUGAGCCCGGCCCUGGACAGCCGCUUCCAGGAAGCCCGCCGGAACCUCAGCCGACAGCUCAGGGCGCUGGACGCCCGGGACCCCCAGCCGCCGGUCCCGCGCUGGAGGAAAUGCGUGCAGGAGACGGGGACCUUCUUCGAGCCGGUCCUGGGGCCCCUGUUCGCGCGCCACGCCUUCGGACCCGACACCAGCCACCACGCCGCCGGGCUUUUCUCCGAGGUCCGCGACGCCCUGCUGCGGCGCCUGCAGCGCCUCCAGUGGCUGGAUGAGGACAGCCGGGCCCGAGCCCGGGACACGGUGGCCAGUUUGCGGAUGGAGAUGGGGGCCCCCGAGGAGAUGCUGAAGCUGGAGUCAGUGGACCAGGACUACCAGGAUGUGCAGCUGGGCCCCAGCUUUCUGCAGACCGUGCUGAGCUGCAUGCGCUCCCUCCAAGCCAGGAAAAUGCGCAGAGUCCUACAGGGGUCCCGCUCACACCGAUGGCAGGUCCCACCCUGGGCCGUGAGCUCCUACUACUCCGUGUCGGACCACGUGGUGAUCUUUCCUGCCGGCCUGCUCCAGCCCCCCUUUUUCCACCCCGGAUACCCCAGGGCCGUCAAUUUUGGGGCCGCCGGAAGCAUCAUGGCGCAUGAGCUUCUGCACGUCUUCUACCACCUCUUGCUGCCCGGGGGUUGCCCAAGUUGCGACAGGACGUUUGUGCAAGAGGCCUUACGGUGCCUGCGGCUUCAGUACGAGGGUCUCCGGGCAACCCCUGACAAUAGUUCACGGACCCUGCUGGAGGACAGCGCCGACGUCGGGGCCCUGACCAUCGCCCUGCAGGCCUACAGGAGGCAUCUGCAGCUGCAACGAGGCGAGACCACCCUCCCCGAUCUUGGAAUCAGCCCCCGGCAACUCUUCUUUCUCAGCUUUGCCCACGUGAUGUGCGGGCGCCCGCAGCCCGAAGACCCCCGGGAGACCCACAGCCCGCCACCCCUGCGUGUCCGGGUGCCCCUCAGCAAUGCCCCUGCCUUCGCUCGCCAUUUCAACUGCCCCCCAGGCACCCCGUUAAACCCCCUUCAGCGCUGUAAGCUGUGGUGAGGCCUGAGGAGCCCCCCACCUGCCCCUUCCCACGCACCCCAGGGACCAUUCCUCGCCCCCACCCUCUCUGUUUGGAAAUAAAGACCCACGAGG